AUGUCUUCUGGUGCCUUGUUUGUGCAGGACUCGCGCACUGGAGUCAAGUACGAGAUUCCCAUUCGCCGAAAUGCUAUACGUGCCAUCGAUCUGCGACGCAUACGAGCCCCUACCGGUGAAGCCGACCGUGCCGAUCAGGUCUCCCGAGGUCUGCGGGUCUAUGACCCCGGCCUCCAGAAUACAUCGGUGGUUGAAUCCGCGAUCAGCUUUUCGUGA